UUUUUCUAGUCUCUAUUUCUUUUAUUGCUGCUUUCUAUUAUUUCCUUCUGCUAGCUUGGGGUUUUGUUUGCUCUUCUUUUUCUAGCCCCUUAAGGUGUAAAAUUAAGUUAAUUCAAAAUCUUUUAUUAUUUUUUUUAAAUAGAGCGUCAGUAUAGAGUGUCUUGCUGUGGAUAUCUUUGAGUUUAUCUUUGAAUUUCAUUGAGCUUCCUGGAUGUGUAAAUUUGUCCUUGGUAUAAUUUGGGAAGUUUUUGACUGUUUUUUCCCAGUAUUCUCUAUACUCCUUUCUUCCUCUCCUUUCAUACCCUCAUUAUGCAUAUGUUGGUAUAAUAGAUGGUGUUCCAUAAGUCUCUUAGGUUCUGUUUAUUUUUCUUCAUUCUGUUUUCUUUCUGUGCUUCAAAAUGGACAGAUUCAUUUGACAUAUCUUCAAGUUUGCUGAUUCUUUUCUCUCUCUGCUCAGAUCUGCUGUUAAAAACCCUGUAGUGAUUUUUUUAUUUCAGUUAUUGUACUUUUCAGCUCUAGUAUUUUUAUUUGGAUCCUUAUGAUAAUAUAUUUUUAAACUAUUUAUUUGUUGAGACAUUGUGUUUCUGCUUUUUCUUAGUUCUUUGCACUGGUUUCUUUUUGCUCUUUGGACAUAUUUAAGACAGUUGAUUUAAAGUCUUUGAUAAGUCCAGUGUUUGUGCUGUAGCAUGGACAGUUUCUGUUAAUUUUUUUUAUUCUGAGAAUGAGCCAUAGUUUCUUGUUUCUUUGCAUAUUUCAUAUUUUUUUUGUUGAAAACUGGGUAUUUUGAAUAUUAUGAUGGCCAAAGAAAGAAAAGAAAAAAAUACUCUUUGUGUCUUUGUAGGUUGACUCAGUGUUUGGAUAUGCCUUCAACACUUAGCCAGGCAGUUUACAGUUUUACCUUAGCCUUCGUUUGCUGCUUGCACAGAGCCUAAAGACCAGCCAGAGGUAAAAGCUUGUGGUCUUACCAGGUUUUUUCUGGGUAUGUAUUCUGCCCUGACCAUGCUCAUGGAUUUCUAGAUUUCUCUUUAUGUGCAAUAGCUUUUCAAAGCAUCUAUUCCCCUAAAAUGUCUGACUCCCUAGACUUUCCUCUUAGGCUUUCAGCAUGUGUUUUGUUUGACCCCGCUAUUGCUAUUUAUCCCAGGGGUCAGCAGCUUGUAUGCUUGGCUUUCACUGAUUUCAGUGUCUGCAUAGCUACACUAUCCUGAUAAGAGUUGAAAAUCAGUCAAAACAAAGGAAAGCCCUUUGCAGCAGACCUCAAAGGAAACCCCAGUCAGUUGCAAAACAGUCAGACGAAAUUCCUUGGGCGCAAGGUCCACGUGACUCCUCUAGAACCAAGUAUUAACAGUGGGAACGUGGGCUGCCAUCUUUAAGACUGCCACUGUGUUUGAGAGUGGGGUGGAUGUCUAGUGAAAGUUAAAGGAGGGAAUAUUGAUGUACAUCCAUCAGAAAAAGCACUCAUUGUUCAAUAUGAAGUGGAAGCCACCAUUCUUGGAGAAAUGGGGGACCCCAUGUUGGGAGAACGAAAAGAAUGUCAAAAAAUCAUUCGACUUAAGAGUCUCAAUGCCAACACAGAUAUAACUUCCCUGGCAAGGAAGGUGGUUGAAGAAUGUAAACUCAUUCAUCCUUCAAAACUAAAUGAGGUAGAACAGCUGUUGUACUAUCUACAGAACCGCCGUGAUUCAUUGUCAGGAAAAGAGAAAAAAGAAAAAUCAAGCAAGCCUAAAGAUCCACCUCCUUUUGAAGGAAUGGAGAUUGAUGAAGUUGCUAACAUUAAUGACAUGGAUGAAUAUAUUGAGUUAUUAUAUGAAGAUAUUCCUGACAAGGUUCGAGGUUCUGCUUUGAUCCUGCAGCUUGCUCGAAAUCCUGAUAACUUGGAAGAACUACUAUUAAAUGAAACUGCCCUUGGUGCAUUAGCAAGGGUCCUGAGAGAAGACUGGAAGCAAAGUGUCGAGUUAGCUACAAACAUAAUUUACAUCUUUUUUUGCUUUUCCAGCUUUUCUCAGUUUCAUGGACUUAUUACUCACUAUAAAAUUGGAGCUCUGUGUAUGAAUAUUAUUGAUCAUGAGUUAAAAAGACACGAGCUUUGGCAAGAAGAACUUUCAAAGAAGAAGAAAGCUGUUGAUGAAGACCCUGAAAAUCAAACCUUGAGAAAGGAUUAUGAAAAAACCUUUAAAAAGUACCAGGGGCUUGUGGUAAAACAGGAACAGCUAUUACGAGUUGCUCUUUAUUUGCUUCUGAAUCUUGCUGAGGAUACUCGUACCGAGCUGAAAAUGAGGAACAAGAACAUAGUUCACAUGUUGGUGAAGGCCCUUGAUCGGGACAAUUUUGAGCUGCUAAUUCUAGUUGUGUCAUUCUUGAAGAAACUCAGCAUUUUUAUGGAGAAUAAAAAUGAUAUGGUGGAAAUGGAUAUUGUUGAAAAACUGGUGAAAAUGAUACCUUGUGAGCAUGAAGACCUGCUGAAUAUCACCCUCCGACUUUUACUAAACCUAUCCUUUGACACAGGACUGAGGAAUAAGAUGGUACAAGUCGGACUGCUUCCCAAGCUCACUGCACUCCUAGGCAAUGACAACUACAAACAAAUAGCAAUGUGUGUACUUUACCACAUAAGCAUGGAUGACCGCUUUAAAUCAAUGUUUGCGUACACUGACUGUAUACCACAGUUAAUGAAGAUGCUGUUUGAAUGCUCAGAUGAACGAAUUGACUUGGAACUCAUUUCUUUCUGCAUUAAUCUUGCUGCUAACAAAAGAAAUGUACAGCUUAUCUGUGAAGGAAAUGGGCUGAAGAUGCUCAUGAAGAGGGCUCUGAAGUUUAAGGAUCCAUUGCUGAUGAAAAUGAUUAGAAACAUUUCUCAGCAUGAUGGACCAACUAAAAAUCUGUUUAUUGAUUAUGUUGGGGACCUUGCAGCCCAGAUCUCUAAUGAUGAAGAAGAGGAGUUUGUGAUUGAAUGUUUGGGAACUCUUGCAAACUUGACCAUUCCAGACUUAGACUGGGAAUUGGUUCUUAAAGAAUAUAAGUUGGUUCCAUACCUCAAGGAUAAACUAAAACCAGGUGCUGCAGAAGAUGAUCUUGUUUUAGAAGUGGUUAUAAUGAUUGGAACUGUAUCCAUGGAUGACUCUUGUGCUGCAUUGCUAGCCAAAUCUGGGAUAAUCCCUGCACUCAUUGAAUUGCUAAAUGCUCAACAGGAAGAUGAUGAAUUUGUAUGUCAGAUAAUUUAUGUCUUCUACCAGAUGGUUUUCCACCAAGCCACAAGAGACGUCAUAAUCAAGGAAACACAGGCUCCAGCAUAUCUCAUAGACCUGAUGCAUGAUAAGAAUAAUGAAAUCCGAAAGGUCUGUGAUAAUACAUUAGAUAUUAUAGCGGAAUAUGAUGAAGAAUGGGCUAAGAAAAUUCAGAGUGAAAAGUUUCGCUGGCAUAACUCCCAGUGGCUGGAGAUGGUAGAGAGUCGUCAGAUGGACGAGAGUGAGCAGUACUUGUAUGGUGAUGAUCGAAUUGAGCCAUGCAUUCAUGAAGGAGAUAUUCUCGAAAGACCUGACCUUUUCUACAACUCAGAUGGAUUAAUUGCCUCUGAAGGAGCCAUAAGUCCCGAUUUCUUCAAUGAUUACCACCUUCAAAAUGGAGAUGUUGUUGGGCAGCAUUCAUUUCCUGGCAGCCUUGGAAUGGAUGGCUUUGGCCAACCAGUUGGCAUUCUUGGACGCCCUGCCACAGCAUAUGGAUUCCGCCCUGAUGAACCUUACUACUAUGGCUAUGGAUCUUGAUAAAGUAUCUGUUUCCAUGUGUUACCUCAGCUUAGAAGAAAUCUGUGUGGGUUGGGUUAAUUUUGGAUCUUUGCCUAAUAAUGCAUGUUGAUGUUAUUGUGGGUCUGUGUUUGUUUUUAUUUUUAUAUGUUAGCUGCAGAUUAACCCCAGCCCCUUCUGUCUUCUGUUAAGUACAGUCGAUACUGACAUUGUUCACUCAUCAAACCACAUCUUGAUGCUGAGUAACAUUUCCCAUGAGCCUCAAAACUGAAUGCUGAAAAGCUACUAGACUGGAAAAGAAACACUGCAUUAUGUACGUUAAGUGACUAAUUUAAUUUCAAUUAAAAAGUGUAAAGUGAAAAUGAA